UCAUGAUUUUAGAAAAACAGUAGCUUCCGUGUUUCUCAUUAGUGACAGAUCAUCUUAAAACUAUUGACAAACACCAACAUUUGUCCUUCUGUCCACUAAAUCUAGAACUAGAUCUUUGCAAGGCAAAAUAAAAUAAAUUUUCGGAUCAUGGCCCAACCAGCUGCUGUGUUUAUGGUGGUUGGUGUAAUUGUAUUAGCAAUAUUUAUCAAUUUUUCUAUUCAUAAAAUAGAAGAAGGUCAUGUGGGUGUUUAUUACAGGGGUGGUGCUCUUUUGUCAUCAACAAGUGAACCAGGAUAUCACUUCAUGUUGCCUGUUCUUACAUCAUUUCGCUCAGUACAGACAACUCUGCAGACAGAUGAGGUGAAGAAUGUUCCAUGUGGUACAAGUGGUGGUGUUAUUAUAUACUUUGAAAGAAUUGAAGUUGUAAAUAAGCUUGACUCCUCAGCAGUUUAUGACAUUGUGAAGAAUUACACUGCAGACUAUGAUAAGACUUUGAUUUACAAUAAAAUUCAUCAUGAGUUGAACCAGUUCUGUAGUAGCCACAAUCUUCAAGAAGUCUAUAUAGACUUAUUUGAUCAAAUUGAUGAAAAUCUUCGUAAAGCUUUACAAUCAGAUUUGUAUGAGAUGGCUCCAGGACUUACAGUGCAGGCUGUCCGUGUCACCAAACCCAAAAUUCCAGAGCAAAUCCGUAAAAAUUAUGAAGCUAUGGAAGGAGAAAAAACAAAGCUUUUGAUUGCAAUCCAAAAACAGAAAGUUGUAGAGAAAGAAGCAGAAACCGACAGAAAGAGAGCCAUUAUUGAGGCAGAGAAAGUGGCCCAGGUUUCUAAAAUUCAAUGGGAGCAGAAAAUUAUGGAAAAAGAGUCAGAGAAAAAAAUGUCUGAAAUUGAAGAUUUAACCCAUCUAGCCAAAGAAAAGGCUAAAGCAGAUGCAGAGUUUUACAAAGCUGAAAAGGAAGCAAUGUCGAACAAGCUCAAGUUGACCAAAGAAUACCUAGAGAUGUUACGGUACCAAGCUAUUGGCAGCAACACAAAGAUUUACUUUGGUAGCAAUAUACCAAAUGUUUUCUGGGACCCUGCAGUCACUACCUCUGGACCAACCUGCUCAGACACAUCCAGCAAGCCUGAUAAACAGAAAUGACGAUGAACACUGUAUUAAGGUCGUGAAUGUUUAUAAAUGGAAUAGAAGAGUUCAUAACAUCACAGGGUGCCUUCUCUCUCAGUUGAACAUCACUCUGCUGCACCAGCAUUUUCUCUUUAUGUUCUAGCUGCAUAGAUAUUUAAUAAAAUAGUUAAAGUAUUUAGUUUCUAUCUAGCUCACAGAUAUUUAAUAAAAUAGUUAAAGUAUUUAGUUUCUAUCUGGCUUGGCACAGACCAUUCUACUGUUAGUAUAAGCCUGUUACUUUUGUGUUAAUUUUUUUUUUAAGUCUUCACAUUUUAUCUGUUGUUUUGUUUGGUAAGUUUUUUAAAAUUUGUUUUACAAAAAAAAAAAAAAAAAAAAAGGUUCAAGCUUUCAAGUGCUACGUUACUUCAACUUUUAUCAUGUCUGCCUGUUCUUGUGCAUAUCAAUUUGAACUGUUCCAAUUCUAUGUCUUUGUUUGAUAAUUGUAUUAUUAAACAUAUAAUCAAAAAUUAGCCCCAUUAAUUCAAAGGCCAGGGUGUCAGUCAGCUUAAAUACUUUAUUAAAACCUUUUUGGAUUUAAAAGUUUUUGAUUUGAUUGGGGGUUUUUUUUGGUGGGAGCACAAUUUAAUUUGUUGUAAACUUAUGCUUUUAGUGAUGGGUGUCAAGUGAAAAGUCAAAGUCCAAUAUUAAUCUGGCAUCUAUAGAAAUCCUGUUUUAUUGUAACUGUAACUGGGCCUCUAUUUGUUUUUCUCCAUGGACAUUUUACAUAACUUUAUACUCAAAAAAAAACCUAAUUAUCUAUAUUUAUAGUGCAAUCUAGAUGGGUAAAACAAAAAUUGAUGAAACUCUUAGAUUAGACAGGCAUCUUUUAAAGUUGCAAGUUUUCUUUAUGUCAGAGAGUUCAGUUAUUAUCAUAGGAAUUUCAUUCCAAUACUACUCUACACUGUUGUUGUUUGUGACAGUUUUAAUCUGUCAGUACAUUUUAUCUGAUGCAUUUCUUGUGUCCAGUAUGUGAAGUUAACUUUAAAUACCUAUUUUCUGUCAUAUAAAAGUGUUAAGUAGAUAUUGUGUAAUAUCUACAUUGAUUAGGUCUAUUUCCUGUCUAUUAAGAGUGAGAUUUUAAUAAGUACUACUUUCCAAGUUUAGGGACAUUGUGAGUAUGUUUCAUAUUUUUAGCAUAUAAUGUAAUGAUUAUAUAACAGAAUAAAAGGGACAGAAAAAAAAAGAUAUCAAGUUAAGUCUUAGUUUUAGAAAACUAAGAAAGCUUAAAUUGAGAGAAAUACUUUUGAAAGAUGUAUAUUGUGGAGUGGCAGAAAAUGCUAUUUUCAAAUGUGUAUUAGUGUGUCUAAGCUGAACCUCUAACAUGUUGGUGAAUUUAGUUUUUUGAAGUUUUGUUUAAGAUGGUUUGAAAAAGCUUGGUAUGAAGUGAGUGUUUUUGUCUAUCAGUGAAUCCAACCUUAUGUUGAUUCUGACUUUUGAGGGAUAGUUUGAAAGUUGUAUGUGUACAUGUGCCAAAAAAAGAUAACCCUGUAAUAUACUUGGCAUAAUGCUUAGAUUCAAGUCUAUAUUGAACCAAGAUUUGUGGGGUGAAAUGUUUGAAAUAUUAAAGUAUUUUGUUUAUAUUUUAAUUCCAUAAGCCUAGCUAUUAAACAAUGUUCCAUUGUAAUUUUUUUUUUGUUUUACUUGAAAGUAGUGCAUUUGUUGUACUGUUGUGAAUGAGAAAUCUCAAGAAAUGAAAGCUACAAUGAAAUAUACAUGUAUUUUUAUUAUGUUGAGAGCGUAAAAUAAGUUGUCAUGUGAAAACUUACAUUUCCCAUUGUGUUGACAAAUUUUGUGACAUCACAAUUAUAAUCAAAUCUGCAACAUUGUUUCUAAUUAGUCCUGAUUUUUAUUGGCUUAUUUUUCUACCAUUGUUUGCUUUUUAUUUUUUUUUUUUAUUUGUACAUCACACAGUUUCAUUUAAUCAGAGGAGAUGUGACCUUAGAGUUUUUUUGUUUUUUUCUUGCUGAUGUUUUUUUUUUUUUUUUUUUUGAAAUUUUUUAAAUAAUAAAUUUAAUAAUAUGCAGGCAUCGGAGAUACUAGUGAUAUUGUUUCAUUUCUUAUUGGAAAUUUUGAAAUGAAUUUUUAAACAUAUAAAUCAUCAUUUUUAAUUGUAAUUAUCUACAUUCUAUUCAGACCAUUUUUCCUGUCCCACUGAUGUAGGCUUAUCAAACACCUUUUUGAUAAUGUAAACCAAUUGUACUCAAGAUAUCUCCCAUCAAUCACCCCCCCCCCCCCACCCCCACUUUUUCAACAAAAAAAAAUACUUAAAAAAAAAAGCUGAGUAUAAGGUUGUUCAAAUUCAGGAAUGAUUUUUUAGUGGUCUUUUUAAAUUCAUCAUUGAAUAAUUGCUGAUUGAAUAUUGUUUGCAUUUGGCAUGUAAGUUUGAAUGUCACAAGUUGAGUGAGAAGUGCAGCUGCCAAACUGAGUGUUUUGCUAGACAAGCUGCACAUUUACUUGUUCAGUGAGUUGUGCAUUGAAAUGUGAUGUAUAUCUGACAAGUAUAUAAACAUCUUGUCUUGUACCAAAGCUCUGUGUUACAAAAAGGUGUCUACUACAUAGCUCUUUGUCUUUGGUCACUUUUAACAAAUUUUAAUAAAUUAUAAGACUUGUUA